AUGUUACCUCCGGUGAGGAGGUCUCCUUAUGUGAUUCGUGCGGUUCCUAUUGAAGCUAAUUUGACAAAGGAAGAUAACAUAAUAUCUAACUGGAAAUAUAUGUUUCGGAGGUAUCUACUUGAAAUAAAUCAUAAUAUGGUGUUUGCGGUUCAAUAUGAAAUUGAUUUUUUCGAUCACUACAUGACGUGGAAAACAAGGGGUAACUCGAAUGAUUGCGACAUAUUUUUGAUGAGACACAUGGAAACUUAUAAAGGGGGUCCGUUAGCACAAUGGGAAUGUGGAUUAAAAAAUGAGGGUACCGAUCAAUUACUUCAAAUGAGGAAGUUGCAGAGGAGGUAUUGUUUGAAAAUAUUGUUGAGUGAUGUGAACAUAAUGAAGUCUGAUGUUGAAAAUCUAAUUGAUCAAUAUCAAAUGAUGUCUAAUAAUGAUAGGCGUAAAUUGUAUCAAGAUGCUGUUAUUAAAAUAGGUUCUCGUUUGGCAGCAUUUGGUCCAUGA